GGCGAAUAUGUUAUCAAAUCGUUCCUAAACUUAAAAAAGAAAAAAAGAAAAUCAGAAGUUUCCAUUUGGGUAUUUAGCAAAUAUAAAUAGCAAUGGCUGCCACCACAAACACGACGACUACUACUCCGGCCAUGGACUCCCCCUCGGCCGACGAGCUUGCCGCAAAAGCAGCAAACAAGCGUUAUGAAGGUCUGGUCAUGGUUCGAGCCAAAGCAAUGAAAGGUAAAGGGGCUUGGUAUUGGACGCACCUUGAACCCAUGCUGGUUCACAACACUGAAACUGGGCUUCCCAAGGCGGUCAAGCUGAGAUGUGCUCUCUGCGACGCCGUUUUCUCAGCCUCCAAUCCUUCUCGGACUGCUUCAGAGCAUCUCAAGCGUGGAACUUGCCCCAAUUUCAAUUCUGUAGCAAAACCCAUCUCCUCCAUUUCACCCACGUCUCCCGUUUUGUCUUCUUCGCCUUCUUCUUCCGUUCAUCACCACAACCACCGUAAGAGAACUUCCGCUUCUUCUGCUGCGACGUCGUAUCAAGUUCAGCCGCUCGCCAUCGUGAAUCCGCCGAGGUUCCUCGGUGGUGACCUCCCGACGACGUACCCGUCAGCAACACCGUCUGCUGCCACGCCAACAUCGUUGGUCACGGCUAGACAGCAGCAACAGCAUUUGAUGUUGUCGGGUGGGAAGGAUGAUUUGGGAGCUUUGGCCAUGUUGGAAGAUAGUGUUAAGAAGCUGAAAAGUCCUAAAACUUCUCAAGCACCAUCUCUUUCCAGAACCCAAAUCGACAGUGCGAUUGAUUAUCUCGCUGAUUGGGUUUACGAGUCUUGCGGGUCGGUGUCGUUGUCCAGUUUGGAGCAUCCAAAGUUUAAAGCUUUCCUUAACCAGGUGGGGUUGCCUGCGAUUUCUCGCAGAGAAUUCACUGGUUCUAGAUUGGAAGCGAAAUAUAGAGAACUAAAGGCAGAGUCUGAAGCAAGAAUCAGAGAUGCUAUGUUCUUUCAAAUAGCGUCUGAUGGAUGGAAAGGUAAUCCCAAGAACUAUUCUGAAGAAAAUGUGGUGAAUUUGAGCGUGAAUCUCCCCAAUGGGGCAAGUUUGUACAGAAAGGCUGUGUUCUUCACUGGUUCUUCUGCUCCUUCUAAGUAUGCAGAGGAAGUUUUGUGGGAGACAAUCACUGGUAUUUGUGGCAGCGCCCCACAGCAGUGUGUAGGGAUAGUUGCAGACAAGUUCAAGUCCAAGGCUUUGAAGAAUUUAGAGGAUCAGAAUCAUUGGAUGGUUAAUCUUCCUUGUCAGUACCAAGGUUUCAAUUCUUUGAUUAAGGAUUUCAACAGGGAGCUUCACUUGUCUAGGACUGUCACAGGGAAUUGCGUAAAGCUCGCGAGUUUUGUUAAUCACAAGUCUCAGAUUCGGAAUAGUUUUCAGAAGUAUCAAAUGCAAGAGUACGGCCACGCCUGGUUGCUACGAGCACCAUCAAGAGAGUUCGAAGAUUUCAACUUCAGGCAUGUAUAUACAAUGAUGGAGGAUAUAUUGAGUUCCAACCGUGCGUUACAGUUAAUUCUGUUAGAUGAAUCGUUCAAGUUGUUAUCCAUUGAAGACCCCACUGUGAGAGAGAUUGGAAAUAUGAUUCGUGAUGUGAAUUUCUGGAAUGAAUUGGAGGCAAUGCACGCGUUGGCGAAGUUGGUGAAGGACAUGGCUCAUGAGAUUGAAACAGAAAGGCCACUGGUUGGGCAAUGCCUUCCACUUUGGGACGAACUAAGAGCCAAAGUUAAAACCUGGUCCUCCAAAUUCCAUAUUGCAGAAGAAGAAUCAGUGAACAACGUGAUUGAGAAACGUUUCAACAAGAACUAUCACCCUGCUUGGGCUGCGGCCUAUAUUCUGGACCCUCUUUAUCUGGUAAGAGACACAAGUGGAAAGUACCUUCCACCGUUCAAAUGCUUGACGCCAGAGCAAGAGAAAGAUGUGGACAAGCUCAUAACCAGACUUGUUUCUGGGGAUGAAGCUCACAUUGCAUUAAUGGAGCUCAUGAAAUGGAGAACGGAAGGGCUCGAUCCGGUUUAUGCCCGAGCUGUACAGAUGAAGGAGAGGGAUCCUAUCACUGGGAAGAUGAGGAUUGCCAAUCCACAAAGCAGUAGGCUUGUGUGGGAGACUUAUCUGACAGAGUUUAAGUCUCUGGGGAAAAUUGCAGUGAGGUUAAUAUUCCUUCAUGCAACUUCAUGUGGGAUCAAAUGCAAUAAUGUUUCUUUGUUGAGAUGGGUUUGUGGUGGCCAUGGACGUUCUCGGAUUGGAUUGGACAGAGCACAGAAGAUUAUAUUCAUUGCUGCUCAUUCCAAACUAGAAAGGAGGGAUUUUUCCAGUGACGAAGACAAAGAGGCUGAGGUAUUCAGUUCGCAAAAUGGUGAGGAUGAUGUGUUGAACGAGGUUCUUGUAGAUACAUCCUCAGCGUAACAUCUUUUGUCUCUUUUUUCUUCUUUCCUUCCUUUCUUUUUCUGGUUCAAUCAGUUAGGGAUUUUAAUCUUAGGAUUGAUCGAAUUCUUUCCACUACCCCUUUCCCCUCUUCUUCUUCUUGGCUUUGGUCCUAAUAUUUUCUUCUUUUUUUGUGUUUGUCCUCCUUCUGUAUUUGUUCACUGGGAGGAUUUUGGGACACUGGUGGAGAUAGAAUUCCUCAGCCUCAUGAUUUGACCAUGGAAUGGUUUUAAGGUUUUUAAA